UGUUUUGUAUUGCGAAGGAAGAUGACGUCAGACUUGUGAAAAUCGGGAAAAAUAAAGUGGCUGUUUUUCAAUGGCACCACCAAGGUACUCAAUUCGCCGUGCCUAACAGGCAUACACUUACGGCAAAUAGUAUUCUUUCAUUCUUGCUGUCAAAUGUUUUAAUCCAUCUACGUUUGUUUCAAUAAAUUCGCCUUGGUUUGUUUAUUAUUUUGUUAUCACUUUGUAAACAUGUGCGAUCUCUUGAACGAAUUUGAGCUGAAAAGGCCCCCACAGCUCACACUGCCAAUUUUGGUUAAAAAUGCUCCUAAUGUGCGGGCCUUACAGGCUGCCAUAUAUCAAUAUUUCCGGCAGUACCGGCCACAGGAGGCUGAAUUCGCCGAAGCAUCUGCUCUAUUGGGAAGAUUAAUGGCACGCCGAAAAAACUCCUUUCAUGGUAUGAUGGGAUUUCGAGCUGUCGUCAAAUGUAAUAAAGCGACGUGCAGAUUACUGCGCAUUGAUCUUCCGCGUGAACUUGAAUUAUUUCAAGGCUCUGUACCUGAUUUCGCACUCAGCUCCUCUGAUACAUUGGAAAUGCCAACACAAAACUGCUUUGACUAUGUAUUAGUACGUAUACUAAAUGUACAAGGAGUUUAUUUACGGAUACGAGAGUGCUGUUUACAAGCAGCAGAGUAUUUUGCGAAAAUGAUACGCAACAACUUCUUUAUGGAUACCUCCACAUUGCUCUUGGCAGUACUAGCUAAGCUUUACAACCUAAGCGCAUUAUUAGGUAAUAAAUGUGUUGAACUUUAUAAUAAAUUACAACCGAUGCGAAGGAAAUUUCCUGUGACAGCAAAAAGUGUGUGCCAUGGGUUAAGCCUGCCGGAGCAACUAGAACGUUUCUCAGAGAAUCAGCCUUUAGAAAUGCAUAAGGCUGAAAACAUAUUUUUAAACAUUGAAAUUCCUUCGCUAACAACACCAAAACCUCUUACACCAGUACGUACUUUUAAACCGAUAAAAAGACAAAAGAUCUUAGAUGUAGGUGUAGAAGUAAGCAGAGGAACUGCAUCAUCGCCUCAAUGCGCUUUCAAUGCAGACCUUGAGUUAUCUACAGUAGAAACGGCUAAACGUUUCAUUGCAUCUGAAAAUGCGACGCGGAAACAGUCCUUAAAACAGAGCAUAACUAAAGAUAUAUUGCCUCACGAAUGGAUAGGUGCAACGCGUCUAUUCGAGCGUAAAUUAUUAGCUAAUGAGCACAAGAAAGCUUUGAGUAUUUUCCGAAAAUUUAUUGUAAGCAAAAUUACUUAAAAUAAAUUAUAAAUAACAAAUUAUAUAAAUUGUUUGGUUUAUUAUGCUAAUGAUCCGCACACGGUGGAUGACACAGUACGAAUUACCCUAAG